AUGGGCAAACGAACCAAGCAGUACAAGAAGCUCAUGCGAGCUUUCCAGCUGCUCGGUUUUCGUGAACCAUAUCAGCUGCUGAUGACUAGCGACAUCAUCCUUGACACCCUCAAGCUCGAUCUAAUGGCCUUGUUUGAGAAGACACUCUCUACCAAAAACUUGAAGCCCAUGAUCACACAAUGCUGCAUUCGAGCAUUGUAUGCGAAGAACGUGGGACCGAACAGAGAUCCUGCCGCCGCCGCUGCCAUCGACAGGGCAAAGACAUUUGAGAGGCGGCGGUGUGGCCAUCUCAUGGACGAGGACCCCCUUACCGAAAGGGAGUGCAUGUUGUCAGUUGUGGACCCCAAGGGCAAAGGCGAGAACAAAUUCAGAUAUGUCGUUGCUACCCAAGACGAAUGGCUGAGGGAGAGGUUACGAUCCGUGGUUCCUACGCCUCUGAUGUACGUGCGGCGGAGUGUAAUGAUCCUUGAGCCCAUGUCUUCGUCAUCGGCACGGGCCAGAGAACGAGAAGAACGUUCAAAGUAA